AAGAAAGCAAAUCAUAAAGGAAAUUGUGUGUCAUUUCGUUUUCGAAGUUCAUUUUAUCUUUUCGCUAGCGCAGUGACAAUUAUAUUUCCCGAAGCUGGCGGAAGACGAUUACUCGAAACGGAAGAGCAAAAUCAUCAUCAGAGAAAUGUUUCCACAUUCGCCACCGAUAGCGUAUGUAAAACAUUUGCUAGAUCUAUACGAUCAGCAGAUUCUCGAACCAAGAAACAUCGAACAAUACUUUAGAACCGUUGCCGAGACGUACGUGCAAGUCGAACCAAACCAAACGGAACAAGAAUGCUUCACGUUCAAGGAGCAAGGUAUUCAGGAGACCAUCAUGGUGCUGGAGACGUUCAUCUGCGGUGAAGAUUCGACGGCAUUUCUUGAGCAGCUCAAAAGAAAUGACUUCGAUUCGUCCGUGUGUGGUCGUGUUUUUAAAAUCGGCGAGCCAACGUACAGCUGCCGUGAGUGCAGCAUGGAUCCAACGUGUGUGCUUUGUUCGUCGUGUUUUAAAAAUUCGCCGCAUCGCAUUCAUAAAUACAAAAUGGCUACCUCCAGUGGUGGCGGCUGCUGCGAUUGCGGUGAUGUAGAAGCUUGGAAGCAGUAUCCAGUAUGUGCAGAGCACAAUAACAUUUCAAACAUCUCCAGUGAGUCAACUGCACAGCUACCGGACGACGUGCAAGGACGAUGCGCGAUAGUGUUCCAAGCCAUAUUAGCCUACUGCAUGCGUGUGUUGAAGAUGGACAGUGAUGGUAGCUAUUCCGAGCUGGACGAUGACGAAAACACACACUGUACAGUCCUAUACAACGACGAAACUCACACCUUCGAACAGGUGAUACAGGCACUGACAUCGAUCGUGCUGUGCUCACAGAAGACAGCGAUCGAGUACGUGACCAGUAUCGACCGCGAGGGCCGCGCCGUAGUCAAGUGUGCCUCGUUCGAGGUGUGCAAAAAGCUGAAGGAGGACAUCGAAACCAAGGCCAUCCGGACGACGGUCGGCGGUAAGAUGGCGCCGUUAAAGGUGACGGUGAUGCACCGGAACGAGGUGGCCUGCCAACACCUGGCAAUCCAGAUGCUCGGCUGGUUCCAGGAGUUCCUGUCGAAGCACUCGUCGUUCCGUAACAUCUUCGUCAAGCUGAUCGGCAUCGCCGGCACCGGGUUCAACCUGAAGCUGAUUCUCGGCAACGAUCAUAAGCUGUGGAAGUCGGCACGCAGCUGUUGGCACCGGCUGCUCAUUUCUGGCAUGCUGAUGGAGUACGAGAACAAGAAGCAGCUUGCGCUAACCUUUACGCGCCAGUACGCGGCGCUGAUGCAGGCGUUCGUGCGAGACGAUCACUACCAUUCGUUCUCGAUCGUGUCGCUGAGCGUGCAGCUGUUCACCGUGCCGACGAUCGCGCACUGCCUGAUCGGCGAGGAGGCAGCCUUCUUCAAGCUGAUGCACACGUUCUACUCGGAGGCGAUCGAGAAGUACAUCAAGAACCGGCAGCUGCAGUUCGCCCGGAACACGUCCACGCUGAACGUGUUCAAGCGAGCCUCGUACAUCCUGGUGGACUUGCGGUACCUGCUCAGCUUCAAGCCGUACGUCUGGAUAGAUCCGCUGCGCAUCGGCUUUCUGCACGGUGUCCAGGUGCUGAUCCGUCUGCUCAGGUGCAUGCAGGGUAUGGACGCGGUAACGCGCCAGGUCGGUCAGCACAUGGAGUACGAGCUGGAGUGGGAGACGGCAUUUACACUCCACCUGAAGCUGUCCCACCUGAUCACGCUCGUGCUCGAGUGGUGCGCCACCGACAAGAUAGUGCUGAUCAAGGUCUACCGUAUGCUGCUGUCCGCACUCUCCGAGGUGAAGUUCAUCGUGCCUGAAACGGUGCCGGUCGCGUGCGAGGCGGCCAACCAUACUGCCUACUGUUUGCAGUAUGACGUUGCUUCCAUGCCGGUUUCGGUGCACCUGCCGCUGACGCGUUUCCUUGCGGGCCUCUACACCGCCUUCGAGCGGCACGACCUGCCGUUCGCAAACGAGACGGCAAAGCAGGCGGAUCGCCCAACGCCGGAGCAAAUCAUCGAGCCGGUGCUGUGCACGCGUGCCAUGAUUUCCCAGGUGCAUGCCGGCCUGUGGCGGCGGAAUGGGUACUCGCUGCUCAACCAGCUGUACUUCUACCGCAACGUGAAGUGCCGGUACGAAAUGCUCGAUCGGGACAUCGUCAUUCUGCAGGUCGGUGCCUCGCUCAUCGAGGCGAACGAGUUCAUCAUCCACGUACUGCACAAGUUCAUGCUGCUCGAGUGGCUCAAGAGCGACCAGAUUGAGAAGCCGGCCCGUUUGGGUGGUGCCGAGGACGACUACCUGCGCCAGGCGGUAAUUCUCGUCGAGGAGCUGCUCGAGCUGCUGAUCGUGAUCAUCAGCGAGCGGCACGUGCCGGGCGUCGGCGACGUCACUGAGGGCGAUCGGAUCAAGAAAGAGAUCGUGCAGCUGCUGUGCAUCAAACCGCACUCGCACUCGGAGCUCAGCCGAGCGCUCAACGAGGACAACUGCAGUGAAACGGCGAUCGAGUCGGUCAUCGACGAUGUGGCCGUGUUCGAGAAGCCGAACGUCGCCGACAAGAAGGGCGUCUACAAGCUGAAGCCGGAGUACUACAGCUGGUACAACCUGUACUUUUACCACUACAGCAAGGAGGAAAAGUCCAAAUCGGAGGAGGCGCAACGCAACCGGCGCAAAGAGAAAGGCGAGCUAGUCUGUUGCCCCCCGCCGGAACUACCGAAGCUCACGAAGGCUUUCAGCAUACUUCCCAAUCUGCUCCAGUGUGACGUCAUGUUGGAAAUAAUCCGCGUCAUCUUGACCCGUGCGCUCGAUCUCCAGUCGACCAGCUUUUCCGAGGGACAGUUGCAACGGGUCCUCCAUCUGAUCGGCUAUGCUAUACAGGAAGAGAAGUCCGGAUAUUAUCCGUAUUUGAAGUUCAUCGAGCGUAGUCAGACGAUCGGUCUGCUGGCUCUAUUGGAUGAGCUCACCAGAAGUCAGCGGGUCGAAUCCCAGCGCGAUUUGCUUCGUUGGGUCAUCCAGCGCUUCAAGUCACUGGAAGCGUCGAAGAAAAAGGCGUCGGAGGAGCAGGCGACAAGCGCCAGUGACGAAGGUGCUGGCCCGAGCGAGGCCACCGGCGGCGGUGACGCUACGGAGCUGGAUGCUGAGCGUAACGCGAAGGAGAAGCGGGCGAAGAUGGCCGCGAUGCGGCGCGCUCAGCUGCUCGCCCAGAUGCAGAACAUGCAGCAAAGCUUCAUGAAGUCAAACGCGGCGCUGUUCAAUCGCGCCGACGACGAGGAGGAAGAUUGUGCCGCUGGCACCUCGGACGCUGGUGCCGCCGGUAGUGACAUGGCCAUGGAGUGGCAAUCGGGAGAGGGCGGGUCGGCGGCGUCUGCGUUGGCGAGCACGGUCAAGACGCCGGUGUGUCUGGGGCGCAACCGGCAGGCGCCGCGCUGGAAGGCGGGCGAGUAUUUCUCCUCCGCCCAGCGCCACACGUGCAUCCUGUGCUCGGAGGAGUCGGUGUUGACGGCGCGCAGCCACACCUGCAUGGUGUACGCCGCGUUCGUGCAGCGCUCGAGCGUACUGUCGCGCUACCAGCAGACGGACGAGCGCGGCCAGCUGCAGUACAUCGAGACGGGCAUUCACCCGUCGCCACACAUCAGCACCUGCGGGCACGUGAUGCAUCUGGAUUGCUUCGAGAAGUACUUCAAGAACGAGGUGGUAAAGGAGAAUCGCCGCCCGUACCGCAACCGGAUGCCGAUCCUGUUCGACGUCGAGAAGCAGGAGUUCCUCUGCCCGCUCUGCCGGUGCCUGAGCAACUGCUUGCUGCCGCUGGUACCGCACCUGGACGGCAUCCUGAAACCGGGCACGUACGACGAUGAUCAACAGGAAGCGGCCAGCGAGACCGCCACCCCUGCAGCAGAACCGGGCGCCUCAUCAUCGGCCGCCGCCUCCAUGCUGAACGCGGAUCCGAACUUUAACUUCCGCUCCUGGUACGAACUAAUGAACGGCUUCCUCGCUCAGAUGCAGAAGCAAAUAUCGAUGGAGGCCGGUAAACCGCCCCUCGGAGCCCGAGCAGCGUUACCAUUGACGGACAACCUGGGACUGAGCCCGAGUGAGCUAGCUGGGCCGAUCGCCAGAAUAUCACCUACACCCGAUGAGCUGCACGAAAGGGUCUUGCUGGUGCCGUUUGACCCCCCGAUCUAUGUCCCGAUUGAACGGGUCGAAGGAGGAGACGGCCUUGAGCGGGUCGAUGUAGGCGGGGAGGAAGCGUUGGAGGGUCCUUCGUGCGGCUUGUUCCACGAGCUGGUCGAGAUCAACCUGCAGAAGUUCUGCACGGUGGUGAACGAGUACACCGCAGUACCGCCGACGGCGAAGGGCUUCAGCGAAUACCUGGCGGUGUGGCUCGCCUGCUCCUACACGAUCAAGUCGCUCGAGAUGCUGCUGCGCGUGAUGGAGCGCCCGCUCGGGGCGGAGCUGACGAUACGGCAUGAGAGCUGCCUGCGCGGGCUGGUGCGUGCGUCGUGCGUCGUCGGCUCGAUCAUGCCGAGCAACAAGUUUCACACGAGCGUGCGGGACUACGCGGUCGAUCUGUACGACACGCUGUUCGGCAACAAGCCGUCCAACUCGUUCUUCGAGUGGGACCUGUUUGCCAUCCUGAACACGUGUCUCUUUACGACGCGCUACGUGUUCUUCCAGGCGGUACCGAGCGAGCGCAUUCCGCGCGGCGAUGCCAUCGAUCAUGCCAUCAUGCAGGCCGUGUUUAUGUUCAAUGUGUUGCGCACGAUCGUCACGUCGACGGUGAAGAAGGAGGCGGACGACGACGAGUCGGCGGGUGCUGCGAUGGAAACCGAUCAGGACGAGAAACCGCCGGAGCUGACCGAGGCGGAGCGGACCCUGCUGCGGCUGUACCGCACGUACAAUAUCUACAGCCAGCCGGAACCGGGCUGGAACAGCGAGGCGUCGGAGCAACCGGCGGAGGGCAUCAACCCGGCGGAGCGAAAGAAGAAAGUGCUGGAAGAGCGCCGACUGUGUCGGGCGCUGCUGUGCGAUAUACGCAAGAAGAGCCACCCGUUGCUGCGCUGCUGCUGCCUGCUGUUUCGCUACAUCACCGAUGUGGAGCUGCCGGAAGGGCGCGGUCCGGGCGAUGAUGGUACGGACGAGGACGACUACCGCCUGAUGGUUACGUACCUGGACCUGGCGGUCGAUCCGCUGACCUACUUCGCGCCGGGUGAGCUCUCGCUCGAGCUGAUCGAGCGGCUUGCGUCGGCCAACCACGAGUCGAUUCACCAGAUGCAUCUAGUCCGCCUCGGUGGGAUGCCGCUGUUCCCGGCCGGCCCGCCCGUGCGCCAGCUGAUCGACCUGCCGGACGACUACAGUGACCUGAUCAACAGCGUUUCGCUCUUCACCUGCCCGAACAACGUGCGCGACGACUCGCGCAACCCGACGAUGUGUCUCGUGUGCGGCGAGAUUCUCUGCUCGCAGUCGUUCUGCUGCCAGAAGGAGCUGGACAAGGUGCUGGUCGGGUCGUGCACCUACCACACCGCCGAGUGCGGCGCCGGCAUCGGUAUCUUUCUGCGCAUUCGCGACGCCGAGAUACUGCUGCUCGGCAUCAACAAGGGCUGCUUCAUUGCCGCACCCUACCUGGACGAGUACGGCGAGACGGAUCAGGGGCUGCGCCGCGGUAACCCGCUGCGUCUGUGCAAGGAGCGCUACCAGAAGUUGCACCAGACCUGGCUCAGCCACGCGCUGCACGAGGAGAUCACACGCCGCAACGAGUCGCAGCAGACGCUGUUCGCCACCCAGUGGCAGAAUCUUUAAGCGCGGAUUAACCGUCAUGCACCAAAAGCUACGCCCGCAUGCAUGGCCAUCCAAGGAUUGAGGAGUGUGUGAGCGCGCGCGCGACCCCUUGUACAUUUUCUCAUGUAUAUAAACACACAAGUAGGAGCAGCGAGCGAAGUGAAGUGGUUGGUUCUUAGGAGAAACACGAAUGAGAAAAUUGCUGUGAUGGGAAAAGCCCACAGAGCGCGGAACGUUCAGCGUUCAAAAACAUAAAAACGCGGUUCAACAAAGGUACAUGAAGCAAGCAGCAUGGCAAGACAAGGAGACGAAGAGCAACCGAAACGGGAUUAAAACAAAGAAUCCGAGGGCGAGAAAGACUGAGAGCAGCAGUAACAAAGCCAGGGGAUCACAAGCUGCUCGCCAAAGUGAUUUCGAUAGCAAAAUUCCCUUGCAAUACGGUGAGCAACAAGUUUCCGGUCGCUCAUAGACUUAGAUUCUCAUUCUUUUUUCCCCUAUCUCCAUCGCACACUUUCUCUCUAUUCUUUCUAAUAUUGAGUUUUCCACCAGUGCUAUCUAACUUUACGAGGUAUCAGUUUUGGCAGAAUGCCACUUUAGGAAGUAUGAGGAGUAUCUCAUAGUUUACCAUACGAGAAACAAAGGAAGAAAACGGUUGGCGCCAAUCCCAAUGGAGGAGCCCAUACAGUCUCCACUAGGUGUUAACAGUGCAAUCUCUCCUUUACCUCUGUCAUACAAAUACGAUGCAUGAAUAGCGAAUUUCAAAAUUUGAAUUUGAGUGUUAACACGAAAACAAAAUUCGCAGGCCGCGUGAAUAUGCUUGUAAGCACACGGUAAAGUGUUAACAUAAAAACAAAACUGUCCAAUCUCCUCGUACACGUUCAAAAGCGGAACAUGACGUCUUCGUUCUGUGGUGGCAGCUCUCGGUAUGUUUCUAAUGUCAGGCAAAGAUCAGCCACGUAGGCACACAACAUAACCAACACGCUAGGUUUACCUAACUUUAAACAUGCCGAACUAAUUUGUUCCAGCAACAACAAAAAAAAGAAACGCGGAAUGUGAUCGCGAAAACUAAGUUAGAGUUUUGUUUCAGCGCAGCAGGGUUGCAUGGGGGAAACUAACAUCAUAUUAUCUAUAAUUUACCGUUUUAAUAAUUCAACAAUACAUUAAACGUCCCGAGCGAACGCUAGGACUCCAGCUAGUUAGUGUAGCCAAACAGGAGAAACAACAUACAACACACAAUGCAUGUUCUGCAGACUCAGCGCGGCAAAGAGAAUGUUAAUUGCUAAAACUUACCACACAACAAUGAACUAAAUAAAUGUAUGGAUCUAUGAAUAUAACAAAACAAACCAGAAACCGGCAGCACCAAGAUCAGAUACCUUGUCGCGGAAAAUAUUUAAAUUUUCAUUUAAU